CCCAGACCCUGUCGGCGGGGGCUCACCUGAGCGACGCAGGGAGCUCCUCGAGGCAGCGCGAACUGGGGGAUGGAGAGCGCGUCCGUCGGUCCGGCCAGCUCUGCGUUCUUCUCCUUCUGGGCAGUUGCGGCUCUUUCAGGAACUGAAUUAUCCUGCGACUACAUCAGAUCGAAAGAAGACCCCGAGAUCCAGAUGAGGACACAGCUCACCAGACAACUUGCUAUUAGCCUUUUGAGAAGCUGAGUGGCUGUGCCCAAAACCCCGGACUACAGAAGUGUGAGGUCCUCUCCAGGGAUCACCCCACUGGCUGAAGAUGAGGCUCUUUCUUCUCCUGUGUUUUGCCUUGCCCAGCCUCCUGUGUGCCCAGCAAUCCUGCUCCCACGGGGCCUGCUAUCCACCUGUUGGGGACCUGCUCAUUGGGAGGACCCGGUUUCUCCGAGCUUCCUCCACCUGUGGACUGACCAGGCCUGAGACCUACUGCACCUACUAUGGCGAGUGGCACAUAAAAUGCUGCAAGUGUGACUCCAGGCUGCCUCACAAUUACAAUAGUCACCGAGUGGAGAAUGUGGCUUCGUCCUCAGGCCCCACACGCUGGUGGCAGUCGCAGAACGAUGUGAACCCUGUCUCUCUGCAGCUGGACCUGGACAGGAAAUUCCAGCUUCAAGGCAUCGUGAUGGAUUUUAAGGGGAACGUGCCUGCUGGAAUGCUGAUUGAGCGCUCCUCAGACUUCGGCAAGACCUGGCACGUGUACCAGUACCUGGCCACUGACUGCUCCUCGGCCUUCCCCCGCGUCCGCCAGGGCCAGCCUCAGAGCUGGCAGGACGCCCGGUGCCAGUCUCUGCCCCAGAGGCCUAACGCGCACCUAAAUGGGGGGAAGGUCCAACUUAACCUUAUGAAUUUAGCUUCUGGGAUUCCAGCAACUCAAAGUCAAAAGAUUCAAGAGCUGGGGGAGAUCACAAACUUGAGAAUCAACUUCACCAGGCUGGCCCCUGUAUCUCAGAAGGGCCGCUAUCCACCCAGCGCAUACUAUGCAGUUUCCCAGUUGCGUCUGCAGGGGAGCUGCUUCUGUCAUGGCCACGCUGACCGCUGUGCCCCCCAGCCCGGAGCCCCUGCCAGCCCCUCCACCAUUGUGCAGGUCCAUGAUGUCUGCGUCUGUCAGCACAACACCGCGGGCCCCAACUGUGACCGCUGUGCACCCUUCUACAACAAUCGGCCCUGGAGACCUGCAGAGGACCAGAACCCCCAUGAAUGCCAAAGGUGCGACUGCAACGGGCACUCAGAGACAUGUCACUUUGACCCAGCUGUGUUUGCCACCAGCCAGGGGGCACAUGGAGGGGUGUGUGACAACUGCCGGGACCACACCGAGGGCAAGAACUGUGAGCAGUGUCAGCUGCACUAUUUCCGGAACCGGCGCCCUGGUGCUCCCAUUCAGGAGACCUGUAUCCCCUGCGAGUGUGACCCAGAUGGGGCAGUGCCAGGGGUUCCCUGUGACAGAGUGACCGGGCAGUGCGUGUGCAAGGAGCAUGUGCAGGGGGAGCGCUGUGACCUGUGCAAGCCGGGAUUUACAGGACUUACCUCCGCCAACCCGCAGGGCUGCCACCGCUGCGACUGCAGCGUCCUGGGGUCCAGGCAGGACAUGCCAUGUGAUGAGGAGAGUGGGCGCUGCCUGUGUCUGCCCCACGUGGUGGGCCCCAAAUGUGACCAGUGUGCUCCCUACCACUGGAAGCUGGCCAGCGGCAGGGGCUGCGAGCCCUGUGCGUGCGACCCAAACAACUCCCUCAGCCCCCAGUGCAAUCAGUUCACAGGGCAGUGUGCCUGUCGGGAAGGGUUUGGUGGCCUGACGUGUAACGCUGCAGCCAUCCGCCAGUGUCCCGACCGGACCUACGGAGACGCGGCCAGGGGAUGCCGAGCCUGUGACUGUGACUUCAGGGGAACUGAGGGCCCAGGCUGUGACAAGGCCUCAGGCCGCUGCAUCUGCCGCUCUGGCUUGACCGGGCCCCGCUGCGACCAGUGCCAGCGAGGUUACUGUGACCGCUACCCGGUGUGCGUGGCCUGUCACCCUUGCUUCCAGACCUAUGAGGCUGAGCUCCAGGAGCAGGCCCUACGCCUCAGCAGCCUCCGAAACGCCACUGCCAUCCUGCGACCCGGGCCUGGCCUAGAGGACCCCCACCUGGUCUCCCGGAUCCUGGAUGCAAAGAACAAGAUCAAGCAGAUCCAAGCAAUUCUCAGCAGUGCCCCGGGCACGGAGCAGGAGGUGGCGCAGGUGGGCAAUGCCAUCUUCUCCAUCAGGCGGACUCUCCAGGACCUGCAGCCGCAUCUGGUCCUAGAGGAGGAAACCCUGUCCCUUCCGGGAGACCUGGAGAAUCUGGACAGAAGCUUCAAUCACCUCCUUGUUAUGUAUCAGAAUAAGAGAGAGCAGUUUGAAAAACUCAGCAGUGCCGAUCCUUCAGGAGCCUUCCGGAUGCUGACUGCAGCCUACCAGCGGUCAUCCCAGGCAGCCCAGCAGGUCUCUGACAGCUCCCGCCAGCUUCUCCAGUUCAGGGACAGCCGGAGAGAGGCUGAGAGGCUGGAGCAGCAGGUGGGAGGAGGCGGAGGGGCCGGUGGUCCCCAGCUGGCAGCCCUGAGGCAGGAAAUGGCUUCCUUGCCUGAUCUGACACCCACCAUCAACAAGCUCUGUGGCGGCUCCAGGCAGACAGCCUGCACCCCAGGAGCAUGCCCUGGUGAGCUCUGUCCCCGAGACAACGGUACGGCCUGUGGCUCCCACUGCAGAGGUGUCCUUCCCAGGGCCAGUGGGGCCUUCCAGACGGCGGGACAGGUGGCCAAGCAGCUACAGGGCUUCAACGCCCAGCUUCAGCAGACCAGGCAGAUGAUCAGGGCAGCCGAGGACGCCGCCUCGCAGGUGCAAUUGGAUGCUCAGCGCCUGGAGACCCAGGUGAGCAGCAGCCGCUCCCAGAUGGAGGAAGACGUCAGGCGCACUCGGCUUCUCAUCCAGCAGGUCCGGGACUUCCUCUCAGACCCCGACACCGAUGCAGCCACCAUCCAGGAGGUCAGUGAGGCUGUGCUGGCCCUGUGGCUGCCCACAGACUCUGCCACAGUCCUACAGAAGAUGAAUGAGAUUCAGGCCAUUGCUGCCAGGCUUCCCAACGUGGACCUGGUGCUGUCCCAGACCAAGCAGGACAUUGCUCGAGCCCGCAGGCUCCAGGCUGAGGCCGAGCAGGCCAGGAGCCGAGCGCAUGCAGUGGAGAACCAGGUGGAAGACGUGGUGGGGAACCUGCGGCAGGGCACGGUGGCGCUGCAGGAAGCUCAGGAUACCAUGAGUGGCACCAGCCGCUCCCUUCGGCUGAUCCAGGACAGGGUUGCUGAGGUCCAGCAGGUCCUGGGGCCAGCAGAAAGACUAGUGACGGGCAUGAUGGAGCAGCUGGGUGACUUCCGAGCACGGAUGGAGAAGCUCCACCACCAGGCCGAGCAGCAGCGGGCACAAGCAACCCAGGCCCAGCAGCUCGCGGAGGGUGCCAGCGAGCGGGCGCUGAGUGCCCAGGAGGGAUUUGAGCGAAUAAAGCAAAAAUAUGCUGAGCUGAAGGACCGGUUGGGUCAGAGCCCCAUGCUGGGGGAGCAGGGCAACCGGAUCCUGAGCGUCAAGACAGAGGCAGAGGAACUGUUUGGGGAGACCAUGGAGAUGAUGGACAAGAUGAAAGACAUGGAGUCCGAGCUGCUUCACGGGAGCCAGGCUAUCAUGCUUCGCUCUGCAGACCUGACAGGGCUGGAGAAGCACGUGGAGCAGAUCCGCGACCACAUCAACGAGCGUGUGCUCUAUUACGCCACCUGCAAGUGAUGCCCCAGCCGCCAGCCCCUGACCCCCUGUAUCUGCCCUCUUUGCUUUGGGGGGCAGACUGGGUUGAAAUGCUCUCUAGCUCCUGUUAUGCAGCCAAAAGCACCACUUGUGCCACCGCUGGUGUGCAGCUGUUAAGAUUAGUCUGUGCUGCAGCUGAGCCUGAGCUGAUGGGACAGCCACAUUUGAGGCACAGAGAUGGUGGAAGUGGGCCAUCCACUGUGACCAGGAGCUCUCAAGUGGAGGGAGCUUGGCUGGGCAGCGUCCUCGCCUUUUGUUCUCCAUGGAGGCUGAAUCCUCCAAGGAGAAAAACUUAACUCAAAAUGAUGUACAAAUGAAAGGCCCAAUAUGAAUCUUUGGAAAGGAGUCUGGAGGUUCAAAGACGGAAAAUAGUCUGCCUUCCAUUAAGCAAAUAAACAUUUGUCACUUU